GCUGUUGAAACGACCGGAAAUUACGUUGGUUCUGUUUAUGCUAGCGUUACUGGUUGCACUUUCACUGGAAUAGGACAUUCGUGGAGGGCAUAGCAAGAAGUCAAGACAGGGCACAGCCAGACAAUCAAUUAUCUAGAAAUGUUUUCUCUGUCUUCUACAUUGCAACCACAGGUUACAGUCCAACUGAGCCACCUCAUCAAUGCCUUUCAUUCUCUCAAGAGCUCAAUUGGUAGCACACCUGGCAGAGUUCAGCAGAGAGAUCAUGCCUCAGAACAAGAUGUACAGAUCACAGAGACUAUCUGGAGCCUGAGGGAGCUGGGAUUGACAGACCUAGGGGUAGGACAACUGGAUGAACUAGUGAAGACGUUGUUGCCCUGCAUUGUCCAGCAGGGGGCACUCUCAGCCCCAACCCCAGCAAAAAGCCUAUGGAGAACGUCACAUAGCUCGACAGGGUCAUUCUUCCACAACAAGCAUGGAUUUUCUGGUGGGCGUAUUUGUGGGGCUUCAUCAAUCUUCUGUAGACAGAGUCCUUCUCCUCUACAGACUUUAAAUGCAGAUAUGCAGUUUCGGCCAUGUAAGUCACUCAUCAUAUGGCAGCAGAGUCGCAGCUUUAAGACCUUGAAGUCUAGAACGAGACGACUGCAAGGUUUUGAUCGCUCAGUGGAACCUGAGGGCUUCACUCCCUCUUUCAUGAAGAGUUUUCUUACACGAGACAAGGGACAAGAGGUGGAAACUCUGGACAAGCUGCUCAAAACAAGAAACAUUCCCACUGGACAGCAUGAUGCUUUCAAGACUGGCUUUGCUGAUGGUUUCAUCAAAGCCCAAGCACUUUCUCAGCGCACACAAGAGGCCUUGAGGCGAACCCGACUGAUCCUGCUAGUGCUGCUGUUGGUGGGCCUCUAUGGCCUCUCUAAGACACCCUUUCUGUCAGUGCGAUUUCGAACCACAUCAGGAAUGGACUCGGCGGUGGACCCUGUUCAGGUGAAGAACGUGACUUUCGAGCACGUCAAAGGGGUGGAGGAGGCCAAGAAUGAGCUGCAGGAGGUGGUGGAGUUCCUGAGGAACCCGCAGAAGUUCACCGUCCUCGGGGGAAAGCUGCCCAAAGGAGUCUUGCUGGUUGGACCUCCGGGCACAGGGAAAACUCUGUUGGCCAGGGCUGUGGCAGGAGAGGCUGAUGUACCUUUCUACUACGCCUCUGGAUCCGAGUUUGAUGAGAUGUUUGUGGGUGUGGGAGCCAGCCGCAUCAGGAACCUGUUCCGGGAAGCCAAGAGCAAUGCCCCAUGUGUGAUCUUUAUUGAUGAGCUGGACAGCGUGGGGGGCAAGAGAAUCGAGUCGCCCAUGCAUCCUUACUCCAGGCAGACCAUCAAUCAGCUCUUAGCUGAGAUGGACGGGUUUAAACCAAAUGAGGGGGUCAUCAUCAUUGGUGCGACCAACUUCCCGGAAGCUUUAGAUAGUGCUCUGAUAAGGCCAGGCCGGUUUGACAUGCAGGUCAACGUCCCCAGGCCAGAUGUGAAAGGACGCACAGAGAUCCUUAAGUGGUACCUCAGGAAGAUCAAAGUAGACACAGCUGUUGAGCCAGGGGUGAUUGCCAGGGGAACGGUGGGGUUCACUGGGGCAGAGCUGGAGAACCUGGUGAACCAGGCAGCCCUGAAGGCAGCUGUGGAUGGCAAAGACAUGGUCACCAUGAGGGAGCUGGAGUUUGCCAAGGACAAGAUUCUCAUGGGCCCAGAGAGGAAAAGCGCAGUGAUUGAUGAAAAGAACAAACAGAUCACCGCCUACCACGAGUCUGGACAUGCCAUCGUUGCAUAUUACACCAAAGACGCCAUGCCCAUCAAUAAGGCCACCAUCAUGCCACGAGGCGGAACCCUGGGCCAUGUGUCCAUGCUGCCAGAGAAUGACCGAUGGAGCGAGACGCGAUCCCAGCUGCUGGCCCAGAUGGACGUCAGUAUGGGGGGGCGCGUGGCCGAGGAGCUCACCUUUGGGGCGGAGUUCAUCACCACAGGUGCAUCGAGUGACUUUGAAGGUGCGACUAAGAUAGCCAAAAUGAUGGUGACUCGAUUUGGAAUGAGUGAAAAGCUGGGUGUCAUGACCUAUGCAGACCAGACAAAGCAGAGCCCAGAGACACAAGCAGCCAUUGAGAAGGAAAUCCGGAUACUCCUGAGGGACUCGUACGAGCGGGCCAAGGCACUCCUGAAGAGCCACACCAAGGAGCACAAGAACCUGGCCGAGGCUCUGCUCAGGUACGAGACCCUCGAUGCCAAAGACAUCCAGAUGGUCCUGGAGGGGAAGACCCUGGAGACCAGAUAAGCUCCAGAAGCUCCGUGGCUGCUGAUGGCCGGAGUUCUGAAUGUAUAUGUGCAACAACAACACGUCAAAGCCGCACAAACUAGUCUCUCCAAGUGUUUUUGCCCACGUGUUUAGGCUACAGCCCUGUCACUUUGUCCCCUGAUCCUCGGCAACGCGAGAACAACUCAAACAAGGCCCUUGGAUCUUCACUCGCACAAGGCCCGGGAAAUUUCCCCCCAAUCAAAGUAUGGCCAAGUAUGUUUUGUGACGACUGAGGCAGUAUGCCGACUGUUUCACUGUCUGUUAUCCACACUGUUCCUCUGCACUGGAACGAUUCAGCUGUUCCGUGGCAGAAAAGCCCAUGAGCAGCAAGCCUACAGAUCAUGUGACUAGUAAUAAAAAAGAAACAUGGUCAGCUUUACAUUACUGUUUUCAGCUGUCAUGUCAUGUCAUUUGAUUUGUGUUUCACCACAUUAAUGUGAGUUGUGUGUGUGAUGUGUAUAUAUUUUCCUUUUUUUUGUUUUUAAAAGGUGGCAUUUCAGAUAUCUGUAGAUGGAGAGAUCAGUCUCUUGAGAGGUGGUGCAGAACAGUGUGUUGUAGCACUUUGGUCAAUGCAAAACUGUACGUGUAUAUGUUUUAAGUGAAUAAUCAUCUUCAUCUUCACUAUCUGAACCCGUGGAAAAUGCUGCUUCCUUUCGGUCAUUUGCAAUUGUAUUCACAGCUUGACUUCUGUAGGUCACUCCUGCUGUGAUGAGUAAGUGUGUGAGGGUGCAAAUACUGAAGGAACCCCUUGUGUGUUUGCACAGAGUUGGACUGAUUAGCUUGAGAAAAAAAAAAUCUUUAAAAGGGCUGAUCAGUUGAAUCCAUGAACUUUUUUCUUAUGAGAGACUCAGGGAUGUGAAGGGAUUGAUGCCUGGAGAAGCCAGAGCUGUGUUGUACAGCUUCCUUGUUUCAUGCAUAUCAGUGGGAGGAAAUAUUUUAAUUUAAUCUAAAUUAGUUUAGCUAUGGUCUAUCAAGAGAGUCUCUACUCUAUGCUCAGUAUAAUGUACUCAGUUUCUUUUAUCAAACUGCAAAUUUAUUUUUAAAUUACCUACAGCUUAGAAAGAUAUGACGGUUUAUUUAUGCCACCCUGGGUAUGAGAGAAUAAUAAGCCAUACCUGAAAGACUCAACGCCUCCCUCUAUGGUUAUAAAGAUGUUCUUGUUCAGUUAUUCACUUCAUUACUGGUUGGCAUGUUAAAUCCACACAAGAUAUUAUCUGGUUAUGUUUAUUCAGUGCCCAGCUCUUGCCCUCGCUUCCGCAUCAUGCCCUUGUGUUUGCCUUUUACCCAAGCUAUAUAUUGUAUAUACUGAAAACACUUAAAUGGGAAUAUUGUAUAUAGGUGUAUAGAGGUAUUUUAGGUUGAGUAUUUCGUUUUCAUUUUAAUUUGCUUUUUGUGUCCAAACUUGUUGACAGAUUUGUCGAAACCCAAGCUAUAAAUAAAGUAUACAACAACUCCUA